AUGUUAUUUAAAGCCUUCAUAUAUGGAUUAGGAUUAUAUGCAAUCUAUCAUUUCGCUCAAUCUGGUGGAUUGCUCAAUAUUGGUGGUGGUAGCAUUGGUUUUGGUGCUAGUAAGAGCCAUUGGGCUGGUGUUCAAGCAGAAGUACGUCAAGCGAUGUUGGAUUCUUGGCAUACUUAUGAGAAAUAUGGCUGGGGUUAUGAUGUGUAUCAUCCAAUUAAACAAACUGGGGAAAAUAUGGGUAAGAGACCAUUGGGUUGGAUGAUUGUUGAUUCAUUGGAUACAUUAAUGUUAAUGGAUGCUAAAGAAGAAGUGAACAGAGCUAAGAAAUGGAUUAAAGAAGAUUUAGAUUAUGUAUUUGAUCAAGAUGUAAAUGUAUUCGAAACUACUAUUAGAAUGUUGGGUGGAUUAUUAUCGGCAUUCCAUUUAAGUCAAGAUGAUGUUUAUUUAGAUAAAGCCGUCCAUUUGGCUAAUUUAUUACAUGGUGCAUAUAAGAGUCCUUCCGGAAUACCUUAUGCUUCCGUGAAUUUAGAAACUGGAGAUGGAAUUAAGAAUCAUGUAAAUGCAGGAGCUUCAUCUACUGCAGAGGCUGGUACUGUUCAAUUAGAAAUGAAAUAUUUGGCAAAAUUGACAGGAGAAGCUGAUUGGUGGCAGUUAGCAGAAAAGGUUAUGCAAGCAUUGGAAGCUAAUAAGGCACGGGAUGGAUUAGUUCCAAUCUUUGUUAAUCCUGAAACUGGGAAAUUUCAAGGUAGCUAUAUUCGAUUAGGUUCAAGAGGGGAUUCAUAUUAUGAAUAUUUAUUAAAGCAAUAUUUACAAACGAAUAGUCAAGAAUUGAUUUAUUGGGAAAUGUAUCGUGAAUCGGUUGAGGGAGUUAAAAAACAUUUAGUUAAAGAAUCAUAUCCUAAUAAAUUGAAGUUCAUAGGUGAGUUAGAAAAGGGAAUCGGUGGUGGAUUAUCCAAUAAAAUGGACCAUUUGGUUUGUUUCUAUGGUGGAUUAUUAGCAUUAGGUGCAACUGAAGGUAAAACCAUUCAAGAAGCUAGAAAAUUACCUAAUUGGAAUGAAGAGCGUGAAGCUGACUUCAAAUUAGGUGAAGAUUUGACAUAUACUUGUUAUAAAAUGUAUCAUGAUGUUCCUGCUACAGGAUUAUCCCCAGAAAUUGUUGUUUUCAAUACUGACCCAUCAAAGAAUGAAGAUUUCUAUAUCAAACCAAGAGAUAGACAUAAUUUACAACGUCCAGAAACCGUUGAAUCAUUGUUUUAUCUCUAUAGAAUCACAGGAGAUAAUAAGUAUAGAAAAUGGGGAGAAGAAAUCUUUGAGAAUUUCAUGAAAUACACAAAGGUUGUUAAUUUGGAUGGAGAAGUAUCAUUCAGUUCAUUACAAGAUGUAAGUCAAGUCAAUAAAGACAAAGUUGCCAAAUUUGCCGAUAAUACAGAAUCAUUCUGGUGGGCAGAAACCUUAAAAUAUCUUUAUCUUUUAUUCGACGAUACUAACAAGAUCCCUUUAACCGAUUAUGUUUUCAAUACGGAAGCACAUCCAUUCCCAAAAUUUGAUCUUAGUGAUCAUUUAAAGACUGGAUGGAGAAGAAAGAUUGAUGAAAAUCAACCUCCAAGAAUGUUGGAAUCAAAAGUGAAGAUAGAUAAACAAAAAUUACCAGAAGCUCAACCCGUAAAUAAACCAUUGGAAGAAGAAGCUAAAGAAGCUGUUAAAGAGAAUCCAGAAUUGGCUAAAGAUGAAAAUAUCGAUGAAAAACGAGAAAAGUUGAAUAAGAUUAUUGAAAAUUUGGAUAAGAAUUAG